CGGCUCCCUUCCCCCCCCCGCACACCCGGCUCCUCGCCUCCGUGCACACCCGGCUCCUACUCCCGGGGCCCCGCAUCUCGCCUCCCUGCACACCCGGCUCCUCACCCCGGGGCCCGGCUCCCCUCCACCCUGUACAGUCGGCGCCUGGGCCCCGGCUCCCCUCCUCCCUGUACACCCGGCUCCUCACCCCAGGGCCCGGCUCACCUCUCUGCCUCCUCUUAUCUUCCAGGAGUGGCCGGAGGAAAUGACUUCCAGUGGUGUUUCUCCCAAGUCAAAGGUGCCAUAGACGAGGAUGUGGCAGAAGCUGACAUUAUUUCAACUGUUGAAUUCAACUUUUCUGGAGACUUGCUAGCUACAGGAGACAAAGGAGGAAGAGUGGUUAUAUUUCAAAGGGAACAAGAGAGUAAAAACCGUCCUCAUUCUAGGGGUGAAUACAAUGUUUACAGUACGUUCCAGAGUCACGAACCAGAAUUUGACUACUUAAAAAGUCUAGAAAUUGAAGAAAAAAUAAAUAAAAUUAGGUGGUUGCCACAGCAAAAUGCUGCUCAUUUUCUACUCUCCACCAAUGACAAAACAAUAAAGUUGUGGAAAAUAAGUGAGCGCGAUAAAAGAGUAGAAGGCUACAACUUGAAAGACGACGAUGGUAGGCUACGGGAUCCAUUUAGAAUCACCUCUUUACGGGUGCCAAUUUUGAAACCCAUGGAUUUAAUGGUUGAAGCAAGUCCAAGGAGGAUAUUUGCAAAUGCACAUACAUAUCAUAUAAACUCUAUUUCAGUAAAUAGUGAUCAUGAAACAUACCUUUCAGCAGAUGACCUGAGAAUUAAUUUAUGGCAUUUAGAAAUUACAGAUAGAAGUUUUAACAUUGUAGAUAUUAAGCCUGCCAACAUGGAGGAAUUAACAGAAGUUAUCACAGCUGCUGAAUUCCAUCCUCAUCAAUGUAACGUGUUUGUCUACAGCAGUAGCAAAGGAACAAUUAGGCUUUGCGACAUGCGAGAUGCAGCACUCUGUGAUAGACAUUCGAAAUUUUUUGAAGAACCUGAAGAUCCCAGUAGCAGAUCAUUUUUCUCUGAAAUCAUCUCCUCUAUAUCAGAUGUCAAGUUUAGUCAUAGUGGCCGCUACAUGAUGACCAGAGAUUACCUGUCUGUCAAAGUCUGGGAUCUCAACAUGGAGAACAGGCCGGUAGAAACAUAUCAGGUUCAUGAAUAUCUUCGAAGUAAGCUUUGUUCCCUUUAUGAAAAUGACUGCAUCUUUGACAAAUUUGAGUGCUGCUGGAAUGGAUCUGAUAGUGCGAUUAUGACGGGAUCUUACAACAACUUCUUCAGAAUGUUCGACAGAAACACACGUCGGGAUAUCACCUUGGAGGCCUCUAGAGAGAGCAGCAAACCACGUGCCAUUCUAAAGCCAAGGAAAGUCUGUACGGGUGGUAAGAGGAAGAAAGACGAGAUCAACGUCGACAGCCUAGACUUCAACAAAAAGAUUCUACACACUGCAUGGCACCCUAAAGAGAAUAUUAUUGCUGUUGCUGCCACCAAUAAUUUGUAUAUAUUUCAGGACAAAGUUAAUUAA